CAGCCAAGCCGGAGUCCAGACGCGCGCUUGCACUCCCCCAUUCUCUUCCCAUCUCCGCUCUCGCUUUUUUCCAGCCCUUCUUUCCCCACUUCCAACCUCCUCGGAGGCUUUGGGGAGAAGCGAAGCGAACCGGAGCGGCGCGCGGUGUAAAUCCCGUCCCUGAGCCGGCUCUGGCCUGGAGCAGGGUGGGGGGGACCCACCUUUUUUGUUGUUCAGGGGGAUUAGGAGCGGCAGCAUGGAUCACAUAGGGGCUCAUCACCUCCACCAGAACCACGCCGAGCCCAUCAGCUUUGGAAUCGACCAGAUCCUCAACAACCCGGACCAAGGCAGCUGCAUGAUCUCCGGCUCCCGGCUGCAAGACUCCUCCGAUUACGGCUUGAGCUGCAUCGUCAGCAGCGCGUACAACAGCAUGACGGGCAGCUACGGGGCGAACGGCGGCUCGGCCGGGGCUUACCCGGGAGCCUGCAGCAUGGCUUCCCUGCCCGGCUCCUACAACGUCAACAUGGGGGUGGCCAUGAACGGGAACAGCCUGAGCUCGGCGGGGGGCGUGAUCCGGGUGCCGGCACACAGGCCGCUGGCUGGCGGGGCGCACCAGCCCCUCUCCACUGGGAUGCCCACCGUGCCCUCGGCUAACCCCAUGAACAAUCUUACGGGACUCACUUUCCCCUGGAUGGAGAGCAACAGGCGAUACACGAAAGACAGGUUCACAGGUCACCCCUACCAGAACCGGACGCCGCCCAAGAAGAAGAAACCCAGGACAUCUUUCACCCGGCUGCAGAUCUGCGAGCUGGAGAAGCGGUUCCACCGGCAGAAGUACCUGGCCUCUGCCGAGCGGGCCGCCCUGGCCAAGGCCCUCAAGAUGACAGAUGCCCAGGUGAAAACCUGGUUCCAGAACAGGCGGACAAAAUGGAGGAGACAAACUGCAGAGGAGAGGGAGGCUGAGAGACAGCAAGCCAAUCGUAUCCUCAUGCAGCUCCAGCAGGAGGCCUUCCAGAAAAGCAUCAAUCAGCCCCUCCAGGCAGACCCCAUCUGUGUCCACAACUCUUCCCUCUUUGCCCUCCAGAACCUCCAGCCUUGGUCUGAUGACUCAUCCAAGAUCACCAGUGUCACCUCCGUCGCCUCUGCUUGUGAAUAGAGCCCACGACCCAGUCCCCCGCCCCCACACUGCGUUAUGAGCCACCCAAGCUCCAGCACAGAGUGAAGCAUCCUUCUUCCCAACAGGAAACUACCCACACAGACUGUCACCCAAGAGCCCCACACGUCCAAUGUGAUGAGUCAGCAAAUAUCCUCUUGGCGGGAAGAAGGGGAGGGGGAAAAAAAGAGAGACGCGUCCAAUCACCUGCGGGAUUAUUCAGAUAAAAGCAGCAUUUCUCUUUUUGUCUUUUGAAAGUCUCCAUUACCGGACAAUGAACAAUGAAACGCUCCCAUAAUUAUUCCCAGAAAAUAAAAAAUAUGUUAGCCCCAUGUCAUCCUUUCAGAAUCCAUGAAGGAAAUCUUCCCUGGAUUCUGUCUGCAGCCACUGCAGGCCUUUGGUUUCUUCGUAUGAAUUUUUUAGCCUGGGCAUUUAAAAUUAAAUAGUUCUCCCUUCCUUGGAAUGGAGCUUUGACAUUUCUUUAACACCCCCCCCCCCCCCGCCUCUGCCUGGGUCAUUGGUGCAAAAGAGGUGCACAGACUGGAUUCAACAAUUGGACAACACAGCUCAGCUUUAUUCUUUUGCCUGGUGAUUUCCACUUGCAGAGGAAGUGAAUUCCUUGGAUUUCACCUAGGAAUGUCUCUUCUUCCUUUUAAUUAUUAUAUUUUUCCAGUGUGGGAAUAAGAGACGAAACUGACAGACCUUUGAAGAUAGUAAACACCAUAUUGCAAAUAAUUGUAUGAAGAUUCCAAACUGUUUCCCUGGAUACCACAGACUCUGCAUUGAUCAACUUAUAUUUUAAUAACCCUCAAGACAUCUGUGGCAUUCUGCAGAGACAAUGCAGUUCCUUCAGUGGAUUAUUUUGGUAUUAUUUACGAAUGUUGUUCAAUAUUUUCUUUUCCUUUUUUUGCUCUAGAAGUCAACUUAUCUGGGGAAAAUCUUUCACUUUCAACUGUUUAACUCCUUUCUUUAAUUGUAUUGAGGGAAGGAGACAUGCUUAAGUCAAGCACUUCUUAUAGCAAACUCCAGGAAUAUAUAUAUAUAGAUAUAUAUACACAGUAUAUAUUUUUCAGUUACUUAUAAUCUAAAACAGCACUGCCAAUUUAAGUGGCUGGUACAAACAAUCAAUCAAAAAUAUUUUCAGCGAGAUUUUUUAAAGGCAUUUGUUUGUUUGUUUUAAGUUAUGCACUUCUAAGGUGUUUCAUGUGUAUUCAUUUUAUAAAGUGCUUGUGUAA